UUUCAGAAAGGACAAAACCAUUUUCACAUGAUCCCGCACACGUCGCUUGUCCUUGGGCUCGUUGCCGCCUUCGUGAGGAUGGCUGACGGAAGCGGCGGUGCUGCUGCUACGUCCUUCCUGUAUCGGACGUACCAGGAGAUGGUGCAGACGAUGAAGGCGUUGAACACGAGUUACCCGGACGUGGUGGACCUGUUCGUGGCGCAGGACGUGUACGGCCUCCCGUAUCCACCGGAACUUCAAUGUGAAGAAGACGCAGAAGGCGUCGCAGUCCCAUGUAAGCAGUACGUUCUCCGCAUCACGAAUGAAUCGACUUUGGACGCGGAUCGUCCCGAAGUGUUUAUCAGCGGUGCACUGCACGGCAACGAGCGCGUCGGGCCGCAAGCGACGAUCGAACUCGCGCUCCUCCUCGUUGAAUACGCCACGACCUUCACGUCGUCGUCUGUGACCUCGGACACCGAUCAUGUCCGCCGCUCCAAAGCAUGGCUGCAUCGGUUGGUCAAUACCCGGGCUAUCUACAUGAUGCCCAUGACAAACGCGCACGGGUACUUUCACAACAAGCGCGAAGAAGGCAAGAUCGAUCCCAAUCGCGACUACAACUACAAGACCGACGGCAACUGCAUGCAAGCCAUGACAAGUCGAGCCGUGAACGAACUGUGGCGCGAUCAUUUGUUUCAACUGGCCGUGACGUUCCACGGCGGCAUGCGCUGCGUCACGUACGAAUGGGGCGCCCCCAACCACAUGCAAGUUGGAGCCCCCCAAGUACGUAGCGAACGAAGUCCUGACGACACGAGUCAAGUGCAGCUGGGGUCGGCACUUUCAACGUUUGCAGGCAAAUUCGCCGAUGGAUCGAACUACCCCACAGGCACGAUGAACGACGUAGUGUAUGGCGUGUACGGGGGUAUGGAAGACUGGGCGUAUGCUGCAUCGUGGGAAAACUCGUUUGGAUCUGAUUCUGAUUCCAUAUUCACGCCAUGCACGCCGACUCAGUAUGGACCGUACCCCGCGCACAAGACCACGUACAACAACAAGACCCAUCGCGCGUUCAACAUCCUCGUCGAGACGUCGGACCUUAAGCGGCCGGCGCAGACGGCACUGGGCCUGCGGUCAUCUCUGUACGACGUCGACCUCCAAGCGUUGGCCGACGAUCCGGUUGGACAUGUGCCCCAAAAUGUACGGCUGGCGCUGCUUCUGAUUGACAUGGUGCAGCCAUACGUGGUGCUGCUACCCCAUGACGACUCAGUCGUGGUUGUGAACGACCCAUUGACCGGAUGUCCUGCGUCCUCGGCCCGCCACGUCAUCGAUUGCGACGACCAACAUUCAUGCACAGUGACCAACACUACGACCCACGUGCGUGUGCGAUGGGAAGUGCUGGGCAGUUUCACCGUCGACGAAACGUUUGUCCAAGUGUCGCCCGCUCGGUCGUUUCAAUCCGUGCUGGACGCGACGCUAGAGAUGCAGCGGGGGUGGACUCGUCGUCAGCAUGACGUGGCUCCAACGCUCUUUGCCGCGUGUGUCCCCAUAUCCUCGACCCAUGCGUCGCUGUUUAUUCGCGUGGUGGCUAAAGUGGAUCAGAACUGGGCGAGUCAACAAGCCCCAGCAUCGCCUGCAGUCCCACCGCAAAGUCACCUUGUCAACGCCCGGACGAAUGCACAGUACAAUAUGGACUGGAACGGCCAUCGAAUCCAAGGAACGUUGUACUUUUAUUCACCGGUACGACCUCUAUUAUUGUUUGUUCGACUUCAAAAAUUCCCUCUCGCCAGACCUUCGAAAUUGCAUAUAAAACCAAGUUGAAGAGGUAUUGCAAAUUUGGUUAACCGUUUUUGAAUGAACUUGGCAAUAUAUCUUGUAUUCACUAUAGUGAGUUGUUCAAUCUGCAACAGUUUUUUUUAGAAAACGUAUUGAUUGGCUGAACCAUUCAGAAAUCUUGGUUAUAAUGGAUUUUGAUUGGCUAGUUCAUUCUCAAAUCGAUUCGCCAAGUCUAUUCGAUUGUACUGGCGACUCCAAUUACGAACCGACUUGACAAUACCUUUGUGAGUGCAAUGUUACAAUCAAUCUUUUUAGCCAACCAAAUUGUAACCUUCAUUCUUUGUAGUAGCCAAUCAAACUCGUUUGCUCAUUAUAGUUGGCGAUUUCAUCCAAAAGAGGCAAAUUGGACUGAAAUGCACAAUAUUUGAGUAGUUACAGCAAGUGUGUCCAUUUGUUUCUGGCUUUAUUGUACCCAAUUGGUCGAUCAUCGAUUUCAAUUACCAAUAUUUGGUGUGGCUGAGUGUGUAGGUAAUCACCGUGUCGAGAUUGAACGACGUCUCCGACAUAUCAAACAACAGCAAUCGUUCUGGUCGAAGUAUACAUACCGGUGGGGAACAUAACAACAGCAGCAUGGACUUGUCUGGGCCGGUGAUCGUGGCUUCAGCGUCCCUUGUGACGGUGGGGGGGGUGCUGGGGAUGCUGCUACUGGCCCUUCGACGUCGUCGUAGUCGAUACACUCGAACGGCAACCUCCGACGAAGAGCCGACUUCUCCGGAUAAACCGACCCACGACGACGACCCGUGGGAGGAUGUGACACAUCCGAACCUUCAAUCUACAUUGAGAGACAAAUCGUAGUACAGUAUUAAUUUUAUCAGCUGAUAAGGAACAACCACGUCAUAUAUAUCACCCGGUAUAUUUGACACGUUAGUAUACU